GUAACAACGUACUUUACCUAUAUAUUUUUUUGUCUGUGAAACACCAUUGAAAAAUAUUGCAAGGACGAUAAUACAGUCGUAUCCUAAUUUAAGGUCACAGUCAAAGUAGGCUUUCUCACAAACACAAAUACGAAGCACGAAGAGGGUUAGUGUGCGAUUGAUAAAACCACUGAGCGACAUCCAAACCGCGAAGCAAUAGGCUGCUGCCGCCUCUCUGUAAAGCGCAAACUCUAGGACCCUGCGGCGCCCUGCCCGGCCUCCCACUAGGAUACACCUGUUUGGCUGAGGGAUAAGUGUCCCCUUGGCCCCGCCCUCUCUAGGCAGGUAAUUUGCGCUUUGGCCCUUUCCUCAUCUGCGCCUUGUGAGUGCUGCACCCUCCUUCUCACAUCAUCAGAUCAUUUCCUGAAUGAGUUCAGUGCGGUUACAGUCUGGAGUAGCAGUGACGGGGUUAUAGGCUGCUGGUAAAGGCAAGUGUCACCCUCGCAAGUUCCUCCUUUAGUUUCCUCGCCUGCAGCUCAGUGUCCGAGAGUCACAUCCCUCUCUUCAUCCAUCAUUUGGAGCCCCUUGCUUUAGACAGUGGGCCAGAUCAGGAGGAAAGGGAAAGGCUGUGAUAGUAGAACUGCAGCUCCCAUCUUUCUCAAUUCCUGACACCCAUGGAUUAUUGGUAGAUAGCUGGGACAGAUUUGUAGUGCCACAGCAGCUCUUGGAAACCCAGGAAAGUGAAGGUCUGCGUGACUGCUGACUUGUAUGGAGUUAUAGAAGAUCUAAUUCUCUUAAAUUAUUGUGACUUAUAACUUUAUAACGAUGAGGUUAUUUCGAAGGAACUAUGGACCCCUCAAGCUGGCUAUGGUGGGCAUUGUUUUCGUGAUAUUUGUGUUCAUUAUGCACAAAGAUGUUGGGAAUGGAGCAAAAGAUGACCCCUGGAUAAAAAACAUAGUUGUGAGAAAAGAUCAAAUGCUUGACAUGAUGAGGGGGGCCAUGAACAACUUAAAGGAUUCUAUUCCUAAACUCCAAAUUAUGGCCCCUGUACAAGAAGAAGGGCCUGUAGAAGAAAAAAAGUUAUGCCUGCCUGGAUAUUACACCCCAGCAGAACUUAAACCAUUUAUGGAGAGACCUCCACAGGACCCAAAUAGCCCUGGUGCUGAUGGAAAGGGAUUUAAAAAGGACACCUGGACUGAGGAGGAGACUAAAGAAAAAGAAAAAGGAUUUGACAAGCAUUGCUUUAAUGCAUUUGCCAGCGAUAGGAUUUCCCUUCACAGAGCCUUGGGCCCUGACACCAGACCUCCAGUGUGCAUUGAGCAGAAGUUCAAGCGCUGCCCUUCAUUGCCCACAACCAGCGUUAUAAUUGUCUUUCACAAUGAGGCUUGGUCAACUCUUCUACGUACAGUGUAUAGUGUCUUAUACACCUCGCCAGCCAUCCUACUGAAGGAGAUCAUUCUAGUAGAUGAUGCCAGUGAAGACGAAUAUCUGAAGGAAAAGCUUGAUGACUAUGUAAAGGCAUUACAGAUUGUGAAAAUUGCAAGACAGAAAGAGAGAAAGGGAUUAAUAACAGCAAGGUUGCUGGGUGCCAGCAUUGCCACGGGUGAAGUGUUGACCUUCCUGGAUGCCCACUGUGAAUGUUUUCAUGGUUGGCUGGAACCUUUGUUGUCAAGAAUUGCAGAAGAUCACACUGCUGUUGUAAGUCCAGACAUCACAACCAUAGACCUUAACAGCUUUGAGUUUGCCAAACCGGUCCAGUACGGUAAAACACACAGCCGAGGAAACUUUGAUUGGAGUUUGACAUUUGGCUGGGAAGCAAUCCCUGCAGCCGAGAAGGAACGGAGAAAGGAUGAAACCUAUCCCAUCAAGUCUCCUACAUUUGCCGGAGGUCUGUUCUCCAUCUCCAAAGCCUACUUUGAACACAUUGGCUCCUAUGAUGAAGAAAUGGAAAUCUGGGGAGGAGAAAAUGUGGAAAUGUCUUUUAGGGUCUGGCAGUGCGGCGGGCAGCUGGAAAUCAUUCCCUGCUCUGUGGUUGGGCAUGUUUUCCGUACAAAGAGUCCCCAUACUUUCCCCAAGGGUACCCAGGUGAUCUCCAGAAACCAGGUGCGCCUGGCAGAGGUAUGGAUGGAUGAUUACAAACUCAUAUACUACCGGAGGAAUGAGCAGGCUGCAAAAAUGGUUAGAGAGAAAUCCUUUGGGGACAUUUCUAAAAGACUCAAGCUAAAAGCAGACUUGCAGUGUAAAAACUUUACAUGGUACCUUGAAAAUAUCUAUCCUGAAAUGUUUGUACCUGACCGGGAUCCUACAUAUUAUGGGGCGGUUAAAAAUGAAGGAUCACAGAACUGCCUAGAUGUAGGGGAGAACAAUCAUGGUGGAAAGCCGCUGAUAAUGUAUCCAUGCCAUGGAAUGGGUGGCAAUCAGUACUUUGAAUAUAGCACGCACAAGGAGCUGCGCCACAACAUAGCAAAGCAGCUAUGCCUACGUUCCAAAUAUGGUCCAGGGCCUGUGGAGCUGGGAGAGUGCCAGUACAAGGGAAAAAAGACAACUGUGCCAGGCAAUGAAGAAUGGGAGUUAACAAAGGACCGUUUACUUAAAAAUGUGGGUUCCAACAUGUGUUUAACAGCACGAGGUGAAAACCCAUCAACUGCAGAAUGCAACCCUUCAGACAUUCACCAACGCUGGGGUUUCAGCUAAAUGCUGUGAACAAUGGUAUCUGGUGGGUACCAACCUACCGCUAUGCCUCAAGUGCCUUUUUAAUGCACUGGACCUUAGGGAAGGAUUGAUCAGUGACCAAAGUGACCUAUUUUGGAUGUUUCAUAAAAAGUACAAGAAAAACACUAAUUUUGUCCUCCACAAAUGUGCUUAUUUUCUACAAAUGUGCCUUAUGCAAGAAUUGGAAAGCCAGAUAAACCCUAAAACCAGGAAAAUCAUUUACACACAAGUUUAGGGCUGCACCAAAAUGCUUGUGCCUUGAGAUAACUGGGAAUCAUGGAUUUAAAUCUGCAAUUUCUCUCCUUCAUCUGAUAUUUUUAUUUAGAGAUUGUGGCUAAAUCAACUACAAGUGCGGUCAAGAAUGUUUUCCUGCUUUAUUCAUUGCUAUUCCUAGAAAUAUAGGAACAGUUCCUUUCCUAGAUAUAGUCUGGGGUCUUGCCAGCAGAACAUUAGAAAUCAACUGACAUCUUUAGAGUUGGGCAACAUUUUUGAAGAUCAACUUAUAAUAAUAGAUUUCAAUAUUUUGGAACACUGGACAUCGGACAUUUUGAACACAAGAAGACAAACCAGCCCAAACUCUCUAUGGCACUGGUGCUAUAAGACUUUGCUUUGGCAAGUCUGAAAUUCCAAACCCAACGGAGGCAACUUUGGGCUAAAUUAGCUAAAGAAGUGACCUUCAAAGACACGAUCGCUUGGGAUACAUUCAACUUGCUGGGCUGAGUUACAUAGUGAUAAGCAGCCAUUAUCUGGCUAUUUAGCAGCGCUGGAUAUUAAAUGCACAGUCUGCUUUUACUGAUUGUAUUUGUUUUUAAUUAAUAUGAAGGGUUUUUUGUUUUUCAAACAUCCAUAAAAGGCAUUAUGGAGCACAAUACAAGACUAAAUCACUGUGACACAUUUAGUAUUUAUUUGUUCCAUUAAAAAAAAUCCUACUCCUUA